AUGGCUCCUCUUGAGUUCAGCAAAGACCGGCUUCCGACAGAACUGUUCAUUGAGAAUGACUUUGUCCCUUCCAGGGCUGGCAAGACACUUUCUAUUUUCAACCCGAAAGACGGAUCGCUCGUGUCGGACAAAAUAUCUGUCGCAGCUGAGGAGGACGUCGAAAUAGCGGUGCGAGCGGCGGAAAAUGCACUCCCUGCUUGGAAGCGAUUGAAGGCGGUCCAGAGAAGAGACCUGAUGCUGAAAUUGGCAGACCUUAUUGAAGAAAAUAUCGAGGUCUUAGGGGAAUUGACACGAAUCACCCUGGGAGCACCGUUUGAGACAUGGGGGAAACACGAGAUUGUGAUAGCAAUCGAGACUUUCCGCUAUUAUGCGGGCUGGAUCGACAAGUUUGCCGGGGAGACCUUCCCGCAAGAAGACGGAUUUCUCAAGAUUGUACGAAAUGAGCCCCUGGGUGUCGUUGCCGGAAUCGUCCCCUGGAACGGGCCCAUUGGGUCUAUCGGCAUGAAGGCAGCCCCUGCUCUGGCGGCCGGCAACUGUUUCAUUCUGAAACCCUCGGAGAAGACGCCGCUGGGAUCACUUGCUAUAGGUGCCCUCAUCAAGCAGGCGGGAUUUCCUCCUGGGGUGUUCCAAAUCCUGUCUGGAGAUGGCUCGACGGGGGCCCUGCUCGCGAGUCACAUGCGGAUACGCAAAGUCAGCUUCACUGGCUCGGUAUCUACAGGGAAGAAGAUCCAGGAGCUUGCCGCCAAGAGCAACUUGAAAAGAGUCACCCUUGAAUUGGGCGGGAAAUCACCAGUGGUCAUCUUCAGUGACUGCGACAUGAAGAAUGCCUUGGACUGGGCCGUCAGAUCCAUCACGGCAAAUACCGGCCAGGUCUGUUUUGCAGGUUCAAGAGUAUACGUUCAGGAAGGCAUUUACGAAAGCUUCCUCCAGCAGUACAAGGAGGCGAUCGAAGGCCGAGCCAAAGUCAUGGGCGAUCCAGAUGAUCCCCAUACCGAGCUGGGCCCACUUAUCGAUCAAGCACAGUUCCAGCGUGUGUCUGGCUUCAUAGAACGCGGACAAAAGGACCAAGGGAAGAUACUGACUGGCGGCAAGAGAGUCGGGGACAAGGGAUACUUCCUUGAACCCACUGUCUUCACCGACGUCAAGACUGAUGCCGAAAUCUACAGGGAGGAGAUUUUUGGCCCGGUCGCCGUGAUCAGCAGCUUCAAGACGGAGGAGGAGAUCAUUGAAUUGUCCAACGACUCCGAGUUCGGGCUGAUGGCGGGGGUCUUCACACAGGAUAUCAACAAGGCAUUGAGAGUGGCUGCAGAAUUUGAUGCUGGUACGGUCGGAAUCAAUUGUGUGAGCCUGUUCGCCCUGACCGCGCCGUUCGGGGGCUCUAAGCAAAGCGGAAUUGGCAGGGAACUGGGACUGGCAGGAUUGAGGGCGUUCACAGAGCCCAAGACCAUCAUUGUCAACAUGUCUUACUGA